ACUUAUUCAACAAUGGAACUGCUCACUAUUUACAAAUUUAUCUAAAAAAAUACUCUCUACUCUCACUUUAGAUUUUGUCUUCUUCUUUCACAGCCGUGAUGGUCAAACGCAAAUCUGAGGCCAGCGAUACAACUUCCGUACUAAAAUCAGCGUCUACUAAGAAGCACAAGACGUUCGAUAACGCAGGAGAUUCAUCCAUCGGUGCAGAGGUUGACUUCCCAAGAGGUGGUGGUACUGGACUCACAGCCGUAGAAACUGCUCAGGCGAAGCACGAAGGUAGAAAGGAAGCUGAUAGAGAUGCUAAAUUAAAGAAGAAACCUUCAGUUAAAAAGCAGAAAAAGACAAAAGAGAGCUCAUCUGAUAAGAAGGAGAAGAAGGAUAUCAUUAGAGUAGAGCACCUUAACUAUAGACGUGCUCUGCCAGGCUUGAAAGUUCUCUGUCAAAUCGUACACAUUACUGCAAUAGAUUUAAUUGUUUCACUCCCAGAGCAAUUAUUAGCGCACAUUCCAAUUACAAACAUUUCAACUCAUUUCACUCAACGCUUAGAUAGUGCUAUGAAUGACGAUAGCGACGACGGUAAGAGCGUUUCAGACGACGGCAACGAAGAUCUUCCUGAGUUGGAUGAACUCUUUCAAGUCGGUCAGUGGCUUAGGGCUACCGUUUUGCACGUUCAUAAGGACAGUAAUACCGGAAGAGUAAAGAAGGAAGGCGAAGAAAUUAUCAAAGCAUCCCGAAAAUUAGAGUUAUCAAUCGAUCCACGUAGUGUAAAUGACGGCCUUACUCAGAAAGAUCUCGAAAAGGACUUCACAAUUGUAGGUGCUGUCAGAAGCGUCGAAGAUCAUGGUUACUUGGUCGAUUUGGGCGUUCCAGACGUAGAUGGUUUCGUUAGCACCACAGAAAUGGACGCCAGUGGCUUUGACAAGGAAUUGGCUGGACAAGUUGGCUCUAUACUUCCACUGACUGUCACAAGCAAGUCGAACAAGGUUGUUAACCUCUCUCCAAACCCAUCUACAUUCGCUAAAUCAUACAUGAACGAAGCCAACACACUAGAAUCAGUUAUACCUGGUGUAGUUCUCAACGCAAUGGUGACUGCGGUAUUACCAGCUGGUCUCAAUGUUAAGUUCUUCGGUUUCUUCGAUGGUACAAUCAGUAAAGAGCAUAUCCCGUAUGAAAAGAAGUCCCUCUCCGAACGCUUCCCUGUUGGAAAAAAGGUUAAAGCUAGAGUCAUUUUCGACCAUCCAACAAGCAAUCCAAAAAGAUUCUCUUUGUCGCUUCUCCCUCACAUUGUCAAUCUCCAAAACAGCUUGACAGAGAAGAGUGAAGAUGGUCUGACUAUUGCAGAAGCAUUCGGUAAAGGUAGGAUUAUCGAAGGCGUACAAGUCAUCACCGUCGAAAGCGAGAAAGGUCUUUAUGUGACCAUACCUGAUAGUGAAUUACUUGGAUUCGUACAUAUAUCACAAAUCGCAGAUGACCACACUCCAUCAUUGAGUAGCAGCAGCGGUGCUACCAAAGUUGGAUCACUCCAUACUGCCAGAGUAGUCGGUUUAAGUUACGUCGACAAAAUCGUUCAACUCAGUAUCAAACCAAGCGUUUUAGAGAAGUCAUUCAUGAAGGUUUCUGACGCUGAAGUUGGAGCAAUAGUUGAUGGUAUAGUUAAGAAAAUCGCUGAUGAUAGAAUGUUCAUCUCUAUCAGUGGAAAUGUAGAUGCUAUCGUUUGGCCAACUCACUACUCUGAUGUUAAACUCAAACAUCCAGAAAAGAAAUACAGAAGUGAUAUGAAAGUCAAAGCUAGAAUUUUGACCGCUGAAGCAGACAAAAACCGUGUAACUGCUACCUUAAAAAAGUCACUCGUUAAGAGUGAUUUGCCAAUUAUCACCUCAUACGACGCAUCAAAUAAGAACGUCAUCACUUAUGCUACUGUUUCUGGUAUUAAAGAGAAGGGUGCAAUUGUGGAUUUCUACAACAACGUAAGGGCUUUCUUACCGGUUGGCGAAAUCAGUGAAAGUUACACCAAGCAUGCCAAAGAUGCUCUUGAAGUUGGUCAAAUCGUCAAAGUUAUCAUUGUUAAAGUUGAAGCUGAGGCCAAGAGAAUGAUGGCAAGCAUACGUAAGACCGUUCCAAAAGAAGAAAGAGAAGCCUUGAUCAAGGAAAGGAAGGCAGAGCAAAAGGACAAGUCUCCAGCUGUCGUUGAUGAAGAGGAUGAAGAAGAUGUCAAUGCUGAGACCAUGCAAAUCGAUGGAGAGAUUGCCUCAAAAGAUGACUCUGAAUCCGAAGAUGGAUCGGUGCAAGGUCUCGAAAUAGACGAAGAGAGCUCAGAAGAAGAGGAAGAUGAAGACGAGGAUGAGGUCACUAUAGACACUACAAACAAAAAACCAAAGAUGAGCACUAAAGAAGCUAAAGCACUCGACAUUGGUGGAUUCAACUGGGAUGGAGAUGAUAAUGAUGAUGAAAAGAAAUCAAAUGGUUCAGACGAGGAAGAUGAAGAUUCGGACGCUGAAUCUACUAACAAUGAUGACGGAAAGCGGAAAAAGAAGCGCAAAGGUACUAAGCACUUUGAAGGUGAUUUAACCGCUCUUAUGAAUGAGAAGCCACCAGAAUCGUCAAACGAUUUUGAAAGAUUAUUGCUUGGUUCACCAAACUCAUCCUACGUUUGGAUCCAGUACAUGUCAUUCCAAUUGAAGUUAAGUGAAAUUGAUAAAGCUCGUGAAAUUGCCAAACGUGCAUUAAAAACUAUCGGAUUUAGAGAAAGUCAAGAAAAGUUCAACAUCUGGAUCGCACUUCUUAACCUUGAGAAUACAUUCGGAGAUGAUGAUAGCUUUGAAGAGGUUUUCAAGGAUGCUACAAGCUAUAACGAUCCUUUAACUAUGCACUUGAAGGUAGCUGAUAUCCUUGAAGCAUCAGAGAAGUUCGACAAAGCUAGUGAUGUUUAUGUUAAAUCUAGCAAGAAAUUUGGAGCUGAAGUUAUUUUCUGGGUUAAUUACGCUGAAUAUAAUUUCAGAAUUGGCAAUCAAACAGCAGCCAGAAGCCUUUUGACUAGAUCAUUACAAUCAUUAGAAAAGAGGGAUCACAUAUCUUGUAUCUCCAAGUUCGCCCAAAUGGAGUUCAGAUUAGGCGAUGCUGAAAGAGGAAAGACAAUCUUCGAGGGGAUUGUUGAAAGUCAUCCAAAGCAACUUGACCAAUGGUUCAUCUACGUUGAUAUGUUAUCACGUAAAGAGGAUCUUGGAGGUCUUAGAAAUGUAUUUGAAAGACUCCUCAGUCAUAAGCUCUCUACGAAGAAAGCUAAGAGUGUUUUCAAGAAAUGGUUAACUAUUGAAAAGGAAUUGGGUGAUGAAAGCGGCAUAGAUGAUGUCAAACAACGUGCUGUUGCCUGGAACGAGCAACGUCACGAUGAUUAGUUUAUUUAUCUUUAUUAUUGUUAUUUAAUCAAUAGAUGUAUUGGGUAUUUACUACAAACAAGAAGUCGUAUGGGCAAAAG